AUGAUAUCAUUCAUCUUUUUUAUUUUUACCAUAUAUUAUGAAUCCAUUGUAGGAAGCGUUUUGUUUAAUCGGUGGUGUGUUGGAAAAAGAAAAAUGUAUUUAAAUAACAUGAAAGGUACAAAAUUCAAAAGAAGGAAAAGAGAAAAUAACAGGAGCACUUUAUAUAGUAUGCAGAAGAUGAUAAAAAAAAAUGAAUUUCAUGAUAGGUGUGUAAUUAAAGUAAAGGCUGGUAAUGGAGGUGAUGGUAUUUGCUGUUUUACUGUUUUUUCACAAAAAAAAAAUAAAAAAUAUGCUUCAGGUGGAAAAGGAGGAAACGGUGGUGAUAUAUAUAUAAUUGGUAAUAAGAAGGUUGAUAAUUUUUUAAGUGUUAAAUUAAAAGCAUUAUAUACUGCUGAAAAUGGAGGAAAAGGUUUAAAUAAUAAUCAAGUUGGAUGUAAUGGAAAAGAUGAAUAUAUAUAUGUCCCAAUAAAUACAAUUAUAUAUAAUGAACAAAAAGAAUUUAUUAAUUUUAUUUAUAUGAAUGACCAAAAGGUUUUAAUUGCUAAAGGAGGGAAAGGUGGAAAAGGAAAUUAUUCUUAUCGAACCAAAAGUUUAAAAAUACCUUUUGUAUGUCAAUAUGGAGAAAAAACAAAAGAAAAAAAAAUUUAUCUGAAAAAAAUUUUAUUUACAGAUUUAGGUAUUAUUGGUUAUCCAAAUGUUGGAAAAAGCACCUUGUUAAAUAAAAUUACUCAAGCAAAUGUGAAAAUAGCUAAUUAUAGUUAUACAUCGAAAUUUCCAAAUGUUGGAAUGUUUAAAAGGACACAGGAUGAGUCUGAUAUAAGAAAUGAUAAUGAAUUUAUAACCUUUGAUGGGUCAUCAUGUGAAGAAUCAAUUCCUGAAAUCGGUUACAGUGAAGAGGACCCAUUGGUUGAAAAAAAUAAUAAUGAUGAUAAGUUGGAAAAUAUGAGUUAUAAAAAUGAUGCUUUGUCAUAUAUUAAUAGUGAUAAUUAUGGUAAUAAACUAGACAACAACAACAACAACAACAAUAAUAAUAAUCAUAAUAAUAAUACUUAUAAUAAUGAUGAUGAUGAUUUAAAUUUAUUAGAUGAUGAUGAUCAAUCUAAUUUCAUUGAAGAUAUUAAUAAUGAUAAUAUUCCAAAUGAGGAAGAAAAAAACACUUACCUAUCACAUGUAUUGAAAAAGAAAACAAAUAAUAAUCCAGGUAUAGAAAAAAAAAGAACCCAUUUUAGUGUAAUUGAUUUUCCUGGUAUUAUUAAAGAUUUAGAUAAAAAAAUUAAUAAUAUAUCUUAUAAAUAUCUAGAACAUUUAAAAUAUAGUAAAAUUUUAGUUUAUAUGUUUGAUAUAAAUAAUAGUAAUAUUAUGGAAAUAUAUAAAAAUAUAAAAAAUGUACUUGUUCAAUAUGAUAAUACAUUUUUAAAUAAAAAAGAAGUAGUCGUUCUAAAUAAAAUUGAUAUAUAUGAUAAUAAAGAAGACAUUCAAACUUAUAUAAAUAAUUUAAAAGAACAAUUAAAAAUUGAUAAUAUAUAUUAUUUAUCUGCAUUAACUGGGGAAAAUGUCGAAAAAACUAUUAAUGAUAUUAUUACACUUCAUAUAAAUAAUAAUGAAGAUUUAGUGAACACCUUUAUAAAAACAUUACCAAAAGCAUUAGAUAUUGAACUCUUAGAAAAUUCUGAUAAUUAUAAACCAUUACAUUAUAAAAUUCAUAAAUAUAAUGAACAAGUUUAUAUAAUAAAAGGAGAUUAUUUAGAAAACCAAGCUAACAUUUUUAAUUUUACAAAAACAGAUAGUGCCCAAGUUUUUAUGAAAUUAUUGAAUGAUUUAAAUGUAAAUAUAAAACUCAAACAUAUGGGAGCAAAGGAAGGAGACAAAAUUAUUAUUAGUAAUUAUUCUUACGAUUUUUGUGAAUAA